UCUUUUCAUGCUUUGUUUUCAUUGAACAUGCGUUUUAAACCGUCUGCGUGUAUUUAAAAUAAAUUUGAAAAUACAUUAGAUUUUGCUGAUCUGUUGCCAGCUGGUAUGACCGAAAUAAAAACCAGUGUGCAAUAAAAUUGUUCAGGCUAGCUGCAAAUCCUAUGUGGGGUGACUUCUUUCGCAAAUCUUUGAAAGUUUUUUAUUGGCAUAGGGUUUAUCAGGUGCGAAUAAAUAAUAGUAGGUACUUCGUAAUCGAUGCGUUUAGUUUUUCAUUAGCUUCGUUGUGUUAUUGGAGACAUAAUCAAUAUUGAAGUGAUUUUAACUAGAAUCAUGUCUAGCAGCCCUGUCUGUUUGACAAAUGUCAUUGCAUUGUUAUUGUUUAUUUAUUAAUUCGCAAGUCUAGCAACGCGAACGGGAAACCUAAUACCCAAAUGAAUAUAAAGAUAUAUCUCUCAUCGAAACUGAUAGAAAAAUGCACAUUUUGUGAACUGUACGGAUUGGUGGAAGAUUUGCGCGAUGAAAUCAGAUUCACUGUGUUGGACGCGAAGCCGCUCCCCAACUACACCGAACCGAUUGGGAAGAUAUGCAGCGUGACGGACUACAUGCAAUUCCGGAUGGCGCAUCAUGAUAAAACGCUCCGAGAACAACUCGCAAGGGAAGAUAACUUUCUUCGGUUGGCCAUUUCCAACAGUGGUCGUAUCAAGCACGUAAUGGCAAAGGUUAAAGGUGUGACGAUCGAGUCGCUCAAUAAGCUGCUUAUCAUAUACGAUGAGAAGGGUUUCAGCAAUCUGGCCGAAAAUGAUCUAAACGCCGACGACUGUGACAAUGAUUUGCUGCAUCUUGCACGACUGAUAAAGGCUAGCAAAGCCGAGUCGGCAUGUUGGAUGGAGAAACUUCACAGCCUAGCGGAACGAGAAGAGUUCCAACGGUUGUACGAAAUGUUGCUCCCCAUAGGCAAGGGUUUAGGCAUGAUGUUUAGAAAGACCGCAUUGUAUUACCACUUCAACGAAUGGGUUGAAUGCAUACAACAGAAGGAUCCAAAUGCUGUAAAAUGGACGCUACUAAUAGACAUUUGUUUCGGUGUUGCCAUUAUGAGUCUGAUUAUUUGCUUCGGAAAUCCGGGUACAAGAUUCAUGGAGUUUGCUGAGGUCAUUGUUGACAGCCUUUUGCAACUUUUGCAAACUCUUAGAGGCAAUCCGAUCGGACUGAAACUGAACGGUUCUUUGAACGAAUUUUUCUUUAGCUGCUUUAGUUACCAGGUUGACCUAUGGUGGAUGUUUCUAAUUAUACUAUCGCCAGCCAUUCAGUUCCUCUUCGUUCCAUUGUCAAUUUUGGGUUUAUUUGGACUAUCAUUUCAAGUGGCCAUGCUUUCGGAUUUGAUUGUUCUUAUCAGCUUACAUGCACACUGUUUCUACAUAUAUGUAGCUGUCCUGUAUCGCAUUGAAGUUGGAGGAAUAGGAUCACUUUACCGCACUGUGUUGGGAAAGAAGUGCAACGUGUUGCGAGACCGCGUUGAAGCGCAUGAUUAUAUGAAUCGGCAACUGUUCCUCGCUACACUUUCCUUUACCGUGCUGCUUUUCCUGUUUCCUACCAUCCUAUUUUACUAUAUAGUAUUCGCAUCGCUUCGCUUUGCAAUUUAUUGUCUAUCAUACACACUGAUGAAAAUACGGCGCACAAUUCUAAGGUUUCCGUUCGAUGCGAUGAUUCGAUGGGUGCGUGGAGUUUACACCAAUUUGGAAAGCUUGGAAAUCUACAACAUUGGUUCGAUUGCGAAGGAAAAUGUGACGAUCACGUACGUAGCGCCCAGGUCGGCCACAUUCUGGUUCCGGGACACAUCCUGCGAUUUUCCGCGCUGGGAACCAAAGCGCCAAAGCAGUAAAUCAAUCGGGGAGUUCUUAAUUAGUUUAGUUAAGGGAGAGCUGGUUACGUUUAUCCAACCAGACGAACGGGUUUCAUCGCCUGUCAAGGAGAGAGAAAUAUAAAUACCAAAAAAAUUA